UUUGAAAAUGGGAAAAAAAGGAAACCGCUCCCGAAUCCCUCAAAAAACUGAAAAUCUUCCUUCGUGUCGCCAUUCAACGCCCCAGUUCAGUUCCCGCGAAAACCUCAUUCUCUCUCUCCUCUCACCCUUCUAUCAAAUUUUCCAUUUCCUCUCUCUCUCUCUCUCUGGCUAAGAUCGACGGUAUCACUCCAUAUUACACUUGCAAUUCGAGCACCUAUGCAAAUGCCAUGAAAGAGAUCGACAUUUCUAUCAUCGUCCAGCAAUGUCGUCGACGGGACCGGAUAACCUUCAUGAUCCAUCAAGCCUCACUAGCACAUCCCAACCGACGUCCUCCCCCACCUCGAUGAAGUCCAAGCUGAGGAAGAUGCCUGCAAUCCCUAUCCGCCGGCCCCGGGAGGAUGCGGGGGCAGAGGACUGCCAAGAGGAAGGAGAAGAAGAAGACGACGACGAUGACACCGAACGGCAGCCUGGGGAGGAUUCUCCGAUUAUCCUCGCUGCAUUGACGCUGGGGCUCAAUCACAUAAGAACUAGAUCAGCACCGUCUCCUUCGCCUCUCAGAUUCUCAUCCUCCGUGGACACGCCUUCGGUUAUCGUGGAUCACGUUGGCAACAAUGACAAGGAGAAGGCUGGGGUUUCCAUCGGGGUCGAUACGAAGCCUAAAUGGCCGAUUCCUUCCCAUCACCUGGCCAAUACCGAUCAAGGCAAAAAGGUCCAAUGGAGCCAAUCAAAAUCUCUGAAGGUUCCGUCAGCUAUAACUCCAGGGUUGGAGAGUUGUCAUGCGGCUUUUGCCAAAGAAAUGCAAUCUCCGCGUUUCCAAGCAAUACUGCGCGUUACAAGCAUCCGAAAGAAGAAAGCCCCAGAUAUCAAGAGCUUCUCUCACGAGCUAAAUUCUAAAGGAGUACGACCUUUUCCUGUCUGGAAGUCUCGUGCAUUCGGACAUAUGGAGGAGAUUAUGGUAGCAAUCAGAGCAAAAUUUGACAGAUUAAAGGAGGAAGUUGAUUCUGAUUUAGGAGUUUUUGCUGGUGAUUUAGUGACUAAAAUUGAAAAAAGUUCAGAUUCUCACCUGGAAUGGAGAGAGGGUUUGGAGGACUUGUUGAUUAUAGCUCGAAGAUGUGCAACAAUGUCACCUAGUGAAUUUUGGGUUAAGUGUGAAAGCAUUGUUCAGAAUCUAGAUGACAGACGUCAGGAGUUACCAAUUGGGAUUCUUAAACAAGCCCACACACGCCUUCUCUUUAUCCUCACUCGAUGCACUAGGCUCGUGCAGUUCCAGAAGGAAAGUGGUUAUGAAGAAGAUCAUAUUCUGGGACUUCACCAACUCAGUGAUCUUGGUGUCUAUCCAGAACAAUUUUUUGAAAUGAGACAGCCAGAAUUUAGUGGUCCAACGGAUGGGGAUAAAGAAGUAAAUGAGAAGCAGAGAAAGAAGUUGCAUGAGAAGGAAAAAGGGAGUCUAGUUACGAAGCACGAUCAAUUAGAUCAACGUUUAAGCAGUGCUGAUGGUGCAGAUGUUAACACUGCUAAAAGCUCUGAUUCAACUGCUAGCAGCUACAGGAUGUCAUCCUGGAGAAAACUCCCUUCAGCUGCUGAAAAAAACCGCAAGGGUGAUGCAAUUUGUGAUACGUCUUCCAAGGAUAAGGCAGAAACAAAAGAUGAAAAAAAACUUGGUGGUGAUGAAAGUACUGGGAUUCCAGAUACUCCAUCACUCUAUCCUCCAUCAUCUGGAAGAAAAGUUUCAUGGGGAUUCUGGGCAGAUCAUCAAAGUGUGACAUAUGAAAAUUCAAUGAUCUGUCGUAUUUGUGAGGUUGAAAUACCUGUUGUACAUGUGGAAGAGCAUUCUCGAAUUUGUACAAUUGCUGACAGAUGCGACUUGAAAGGCUUAACUGUGAAUGAACGACUUGAAAGAGUUGCAGAAAGCCUUGAAAAGAUUCUGGAGUCAUGGACACCAAAAAGCACCCCAUUGAGCUCCAAUACACCAAGAGGAAGUCCUGAUGUUGCAAGAGUGUCAACAUCAACUACACAUGAAGAUUUAGAUGAACUGUCACCAAAGCAGAAUAGUUCAUCAUCUCGAUGUUGUUCUGUUGACACACUUGAUUGUGUUCCUGAUUCGGAUAAUACUUUUCUCAUGGAUGAUCUAAAUGUGUUACACAGUGUAGGAUUUGAAACACAUUCCAAUCCAACAAGGCCUGGCAUGAAAACCUCAUCAGGAAGCUUAACACCACGAUCACCAUUAGUAACACCAAGGACCAGCCAGAUUGAAUUGCUGUUAAGUGGGUGGAAAACAAUAACAGAACUUGAGAAUCAUCAGCAGAUAAGCAAGUUACUUGAUAUUGCUCGUUCAGUUGCAAAUGUGAAUGACUGUGACUACAGUGCAUUGGAGUACAUGCUUGACCGUUUGGAAGAUCUAAAAUAUGCCAUCCAGGAUAGGAAGGCAGAUGCUCUUGUGGUAGAAACUUUUGGAAGACGUAUUGAAAAACUACUGCAGGAGAAAUAUGUAAGUCUUUGUAGCCAGAUAGAAGAUGAAAAAGUAGACUCGUCGAACACCAUGGCAGAUGAAGAGAGUUCAGCGGAUGAGGAUACUGUCCGUAGUCUGCGAGCAAGUCCUAUUAAUAUGUGUUCUAAGGACCGAACAUCCAUAGAAGACUUUGAAAUAAUAAAACCAAUAAGCCGAGGGGCAUUUGGGCGAGUUUUCCUGGCUAGAAAAAGAGCAACAGGAGACUUGUUUGCUAUAAAGGUUCUAAAGAAGGCCGGUAUGAUAUGUAAAAAUGCAGUUGAAAGUAUUUUGGCUGAGCGCAACAUCCUCAUUUCAGUUCGCAAUCCGUUUGUGGUUCGAUUUUUCUACUCCUUCACAUGCAGGGAAAAUCUUUAUCUUGUAAUGGAGUAUCUAAAUGGUGGAGACCUGUUCUCUUUGUUAAGAAAUCUAGGUUGCUUGGAUGAGAACAUGACUCGAGUAUAUAUUGCAGAAGUUGUUCUUGCCUUGGAGUAUUUGCAUUCUGUGAGCAUCAUUCACAGAGACUUGAAGCCGGACAAUUUGUUGAUUGGUCAAGAUGGUCAUAUAAAGUUGACAGAUUUUGGGCUGUAGGUUGGUCUGAUCAACAGUACAGAUGACUUCUCAGGUCCAUCACUGGACAGUGGUGGAUUUUUUGGAGAUGAUGAACAGAAAGCUCAACCUUCAUCGAAAAGAUCUCAACGCCCAAAGCAUUCGGUAGUUGGCACUCCUGAUUAUUUGGCCCCAGAAAUACUGCUUGGCAUGGGACAUGGUGCAACUGCUGAUUGGUGGUCUGUGGGUGUUAUUCUUUUUGAGCUACUUGUGGGUAUUCCACCAUUCAAUGCUGAAACCCCCCAGCAAAUUUUUGACAAUAUAAUCAAUAGAGAUAUACCAUGGCCCAAGAUACCUGAGGAGCUGUCUUAUGAAGCACGUGAUUUAAUUGACAAAUUAUUAACUGAAAGUCCAGUUCAAAGACUAGGAGCAACAGGAGCUAGAGAGGUGAAGCAACAUCCCUUCUUCAAGGAUAUUAACUGGGACACGCUUGCAAGGCAAAAGGCUACAUUCAUACCAUCAGCAGAACCACAAGACACCAGCUACUUCAUGAGCCGGUAUAUAUGGAACCCAGAAGAUGAACAUGUUCAUGGUGGUAGUGACUUUGAUGACUUGACUGAUACAGCCAGUAGUGGUUCAUUCAACACACAGGAUGAAGAUGGGGAUGAAUGUGGUAGUUUGGCAGACUUCAGUGGCCCAACCCUCGCAGUGAAGUACUCAUUUAGUAAUUUCUCAUUCAAGAACUUGUCUCAGUUGGCUUCCAUCAAUUAUGAUCUUGUUUUGAAGAACAGCAAGGAAUCAGCAGAAGCAUCGAAAUCAUCUAUUCCAUGACAAUCUAUUUGGUUUGAUUCGAUUUGGACCUUCUUUAUCCAUAUUAUCACUUGCCAGCCUAAACUAUUGUAAUUUUGGAUUGUGGCAAUGAAAAUCUCAGCAAAACCCUCAUCUGGUUCGUUAAAGCUGGAGUAUAUGAGCUGUUACUUUUUCCUGAUGAAGGUAGAGUGCAUCUUACGGAGAUGGUUUAACGCCUAUUCAAGAAUAUGCAACGGAGCCAGGAAGUAGUUGGCCUUCAUUCAAUGCAAUAGAUCUUCCACACACAAAAUGGCAGUGCACUGACAGGUCUUUCUUCCUUUUUCCUUUCAGAAAUUGUUUGACCACCUUUUUGUUUCCAUAAGAUUAUAUAUGUAUGUAUAUAUAAAUAUAUAUAUGUAUUCUCUUUCAAUAGAUAAGAAAGAUUUUGUCAGAUUAGAGUGUUGCUGUCGCUGGCAGGCUUUGUGAAUCUUUGUUGCCU